UGUUAUUAAAUUAACGAGAACAAAAAGAAGAACAAAAAUCUAAUUGAUAAAAGGAAAAAGUUCAGAGAUUAUUAGAAAAUUUCUGUGCAAAAAUUUUCAAUAAAAACUUAUCUAUUUCGAAAUAAAUUAAUUUUAAAAUCGUUGCCACAAUUAUAAAUAAAUAAAAUGUCGGGCAUGUCAAAUCUAUCGGCCAAUGAAAAAGGCGAAUUAAUGGAUCAAGUUAAACAACAAAUUGCCGUAGCAAAUGCACAGGAACUCUUGACGAAAAUGACUGAAAAAUGUUUUAACAAGUGCAUUAAUAAACCCGGUGUAUCAUUGGAUUCUUCGGAACAGAAAUGCAUUUCCAUGUGUAUGGAUCGGUUUAUGGAUUCAUGGAAUUUAGUCUCACGUACUUAUGGCAAUCGUUUACAACGUGAACAAAAUAAAAUCUAGAACUAAAAAAAAAUUUUAAAAAUCCAGCUUAAAAAUCCUCCAAUAACCUAAAUAGAUCAUUAUUUUGUUGAUUGUUUUUUAAUAAUAUUUUACAAUACAAAGAAAAAAACAAUU